UCCUCUUUCCUGACGAGCGCUGGCUCUCCGCCGCCGUCACGCGUCCCCGCCCUCCGCCGGCACGGGAUCCUGAGCCAGCCCCGCGCGCAGAGCCGAGCCGAGUCAAGUCGAGUCUCGCCGAUGUCCGCAGCCCCGCACCAAGGCAGCAUGACCGCGCGCGGCCCAGCCCUCGGCCUCCUCUUGCUGCUGCUGUGUCCCGCGCAGGUGUUGGCACAGUCUUGCAUCUGGUAUGGAGAGUGUGGAAUUGCAUCUGGAGAUAAGAGGUACAACUGCAAAUAUUCAGGGCCACCAAAACCCUUGCCGAAGGAUGGGUAUGACUUAGUGCAGGAGCUCUGUCCAGGAUUCUUCUUUGACAAUGUCAGUCUUUGUUGCGAUGUGCAGCAGCUCCAGACACUGAAAGACAACCUGCAGCUGCCUCUACAGUUUCUGUCCAGAUGUCCAUCCUGUUUCUAUAACCUAGUGAACCUGUUUUGCGAGCUGACGUGUAGCCCUCGGCAAAGUCAGUUUCUGAAUGUUACAGCAACUGAAGAUUAUGUUGAUCCUGUUACAAACCAGACUAAAACAAAUGUAAAAGAAUUACAGUACUACAUUGGAGAGAGUUUUGCCAAUGCCAUGUACAAUGCCUGCCGGGACGUGGAGGCCCCCUCCAGUAAUGACAAAGCCCUGGGACUGCUGUGUGGGAAGGAUGCCGAAGCCUGCAAUGCCACUAACUGGAUUGAGUACAUGUUCAAUAAGGACAACGGCCAGGCACCUUUCACCAUCACACCCAUUUUUUCAGAUCUUCCAACCCAUGGAAUGGAGCCCAUGAACAAUGCCACCAAGGGCUGUGACGAGUCUGUGGACGAGGUCACCGGGCCGUGCAGCUGCCAGGACUGCUCAAUUGUUUGUGGCCCAAAGCCCCAGCCCCCACCGCCUCCUGUGCCCUGGAGAAUCUUGGGCCUGGACGCCAUGUAUGUCAUCAUGUGGAUCACCUACAUGGCAUUUUUGCUUGUGUUUUUUGGAGCAUUUUUUGCUUUGUGGUGCUACAGAAAACGCUAUUUUGUCUCCGAGUACACCCCCAUUGAUAGCAACAUAGCUUUCUCUGUAAAUGCCAAUGACAGAGGGGAGGCGUCCUGCUGCGACGCCCUGGGUGCGGCAUUUGAGGGCUGUCUGAGGCGGCUCUUCUCACAGUGGGGCUCUUUCUGCGUCCGAAACCCGGGCCCCAUCAUCUUCUUCUCCCUGGCCUUCAUUGCCGCCUGUUCUUCAGGCCUGGUGUUUGUGCGGGUCACGACCAAUCCAGUUGACCUGUGGUCAGCUCCCAGCAGCCAGGCGCGCCUCGAGAAAGAGUACUUUGACACGCACUUUGGGCCUUUCUUCCGCACGGAGCAGCUCAUCAUCCAGGCCCCCCACACCAGCGCACACACUUACCAGCCGUACCCCUCAGGAUCCGAUGUGCCCUUCGGACCUCCGCUUGACCUCGCGAUCUUGCACCAGGUUCUUGACUUACAAACUGCCAUCGAAAAUAUCACUGCAUCUUAUAACAAUGAGACCGUGACACUUCAAGACAUCUGCGUGGCCCCCCUCUCACCCUAUAACAAGAACUGCACCAUUCUGAGCGUGUUAAAUUACUUCCAGAACAGCCAUUCCAUGCUGGACCAUGAAAUAGGAGAUGACUUCUUUGUGUAUGCAGAUUACCACACGCACUUGCUAUACUGUGUACGGGCUCCUGCCUCUCUGAACGAUACCAGUUUGCUCCAUGAUCCUUGCCUGGGUACAUUCGGUGGGCCAGUGUUCCCGUGGCUUGUGUUAGGAGGCUAUGAUGGUCAAAAUUACAAUAAUGCCACAGCCCUUGUGAUUACCUUUCCUGUCAAUAAUUACUAUAACGAUACAGAGAGGCUCCAGAAGGCCCAGGUCUGGGAAAAAGAGUUUAUUAAUUUUGUGAAAAACUACAAGAAUCCAAAUCUGACCAUUUCUUUCACUACUGAGCGAAGUAUUGAAGAUGAACUAAAUCGUGAAAGUAACGGUGAUAUUUUCACUGUUAUAAUCAGCUAUGCCAUCAUGUUUCUGUACAUUUCCAUAGCCUUGGGGCACAUCAAAAGCUGUAGCAGGCUUCUAGUGGACUCUAAAAUCUCCCUCGGCAUCGCGGGCAUCCUCAUUGUGUUGAGCUCAGUGGCGUGCUCGUUGGGCAUCUUUAGCUACAUUGGGAUCCCCCUCACCCUCAUUGUGAUCGAAGUCAUCCCAUUCCUGGUGCUGGCUGUUGGGGUGGACAACAUCUUCAUUCUGGUCCAGACCUACCAGCGAGAUGAACGUCUUCACGGAGAAACUCUGGAUCAGCAGCUGGGCAGGGUCCUAGGAGAAGUGGCUCCUAGUAUGUUCCUGUCAUCCUUUUCAGAGGCGGUAGCAUUUUUCUUAGGAGCGCUGUCAAAGAUGCCAGCUGUUCACACCUUCUCUCUGUUUGCCGGGAUGGCAGUCCUCAUCGACUUCCUUCUUCAGAUUACCUGUUUCGUGAGUCUCUUGGGGUUAGACAUUAAGCGUCAAGAGAAAAACCGUCUGGAUGUUUUUUGCUGUGUCAGAGGCUCUGAAGAUGGAACCAGUGUCCAGGCUUCAGAGAGCUGCUUGUUUCGGCUCUUCAAGCACUCCUAUUCUCCACUUCUGCUUAAGGACUGGAUGAGACCAAUUGUGAUAGCGAUAUUUGUGGGUGUUCUGUCAUUCAGUGUUGCAGUCCUGAACAAAGUGGAAAUCGGAUUGGAUCAGUCUCUUUCAAUGCCAGAUGACUCCUACGUGAUGGAUUAUUUCAAGUCCCUCAAAUACCUGCAUGCAGGUCCACCUGUGUACUUUGUCCUGGAGGAAGGGCAUGACUACACCUCUCUGAAAGGGCAGAACAUGGUGUGCGGAGGCAUGGGCUGCAAUAACGACUCCCUGGUGCAGCAGAUAUUCAACGCGGCCCAGCUAGACAGCUAUACCCGAAUAGGCUUUGCUCCCUCUUCCUGGAUCGACGAUUACUUUGAUUGGGUCAAGCCUCAGUCUUCUUGCUGUAGAGUCUACAACAGCACCGAUCGGUUCUGCAAUGCUUCAGUGGUUGACCCUGCCUGCAUCCGCUGCAGGCCCCUCACCCAGGAGGGCAAACAGAGGCCUCAAGGUGGAGACUUCAUGAGAUUCCUGCCCAUGUUCCUUUCUGAUAACCCGAACCCCAAGUGCGGCAAAGGGGGACAUGCUGCUUACAGUUCGGCAGUUAACAUCCUCGGCAAUGACACGGGUGUCGGAGCCACUUACUUCAUGACCUACCACACCGUGCUUCAGACGUCUGCUGACUUUACUGACGCCAUGAGAAAAGCCAACCUCAUCGCCAGUAACAUCACCAAAACCAUGGGCCUUGAAGGAAGUAAUUACCGUGUGUUCCCAUACAGUGUGUUCUAUGUCUUCUACGAACAGUACCUGACCAUUAUUGAUGACACGAUCUUUAACCUCAGCGUGUCCCUGGGAGCCAUCUUCUUGGUGACCGUGGUUCUCCUGGGCUGUGAUCUGUGGUCUGCAGUGAUCAUGUGUAUCACCAUCGCUAUGAUCUUGGUCAACAUGUUUGGCGUCAUGUGGCUGUGGGGCAUCAGUCUGAAUGCAGUUUCCUUGGUCAACUUGGUUAUGAGCUGUGGCAUUUCCGUGGAGUUUUGCAGCCACAUAACGAGAGCAUUCACGGUGAGCAUGAAGGGCAGCCGUGCACAACGGGCAGAAGAGGCGCUCGCUCACAUGGGCAGUUCUGUGUUCAGUGGAAUCACACUAACGAAAUUUGGAGGGAUUGUGGUAUUGGCCUUUGCCAAAUCUCAGAUUUUCCAGAUAUUUUACUUCAGGAUGUAUUUGGCUAUGGUCUUACUGGGAGCCACCCACGGCUUGAUCUUCCUCCCGGUCUUACUCAGCUACAUAGGCCCAUCAAUAAAUAAAGCCAAAAGCUUGGCCACUCAAGAGCAAUACAAAGGUACAGAGCGAGAACAACUCCUAAAUUUCUAGCCCUCUUGCGAGGUCGGGGGACUCUGAACUGUGUCUGUGGGUCGCUCAGCCUACCGCUCACUGGACAGUGGCUGCACCCUCGAGGCCGAGUUGGACACUGGACGGUACCAGACAUCAGGCUACUUAACAGCAGCAGCUUCGGCCAUAGUGCUUUUAAACUCAGGAAUGCAAAUGUGACGCGUGAAUCAGAAGCAUUACGGAAUCGGAAGGCAGCCCCGGGACGCUGCAGGGCCUUCCAGUUCUCCGCGAACCAGACCUAACUCUUGGGCAGGCGGAAGGUGACACUAGCAUGGCUGAGUGGGAUCUGCUCCCUGACACUUUUUAAAGGCCAAUCAAUGCAAUGUUUUUCCUUUUGUUUGGGAGUAAGCCAUCACACAGAUUCUAUACCGUAUUUUUAGUAACAUUUGAGGAUGGUGUAGAUACACUUUACUAUAACAUUUUGUAGUUUAAAGAGCUUUAUUAAUGCAAUAAAUUAACUUUGUACACAUUUUUAUAUAUAUAUAUAAAAAAACUAGCAAGUGAUUUCAGAAUGUCGUAGGCCUCAUUAGAGCUUGGUCUCCAAAAACCUGCUUGAAAAAAGCAACGUGUUCUUCACAGUGUUCUCCUAUAAAAGAAAUGCAGGUUUAAUCAGAUGUGGCACAAAAGGGAAAAGAGAAUGAAGACUUCACAGCUCAUAGAUACAUAUGCUGGGUUUUAACUUAUUUUUCUUUUAUAAAAUACUUUGUUUUCCUAA